AUGGCACCAAAGGCAGCAGCGGAGAAGAAGCCUGCAGUGGCGGCAGAGAAGAAGCCAAGAGCCGAGAAGAAGCUCCCCAAGGACGCAUCCGCCGCCGGAGCAGACAAGAAGAAGAAGAGAAACAAGAAGUCGGUGGAGACGUACAAGAUCUACAUCUUCAAGGUUCUGAAACAGGUUCACCCCGAUAUCGGAAUCUCGAGCAAGGCGAUGGGGAUCAUGAACUCGUUCAUUAAUGACAUUUUCGAGAAAUUGGCUCAGGAAGCAUCGAAACUCGCUAGGUAUAACAAGAAGAAUACUUUAUCUUCCAGGGAAAUCCAAACAGCUGUUAGACUUGUUCUUCCUGGAGAGUUGUCUAAACAUGCUGUUUCUGAAGGUACCAAGGCUGUUACCAAGUUUACAAGCUCUUAG